GAGAACUUUGAACCUUGACCAGCUCCACCCACUUUUACGGCUACGAGACCACACCCACAUCGAUGACGUCAUCCCGGAACAGCUCGAUCGAGCUCAGGGCUGCGGGGAGUGUGCUACGGUUUUCGGGCGUGUGUGAGGUGUGUGAGUUUCCUAGGAGAGAUGGCUGCUCGUAAGAGGACGGGAGCAGAGAACGGGGCGGCGGAACAGCCGCACUCCCUCACGUCCAGUAGAGAAGACACACUGAGACGGGAGAGGAGGGUGAAGAGAGAGAGGGCUCCACCUCAAGACCGGUGUUACAGCUGCAUCAGAUGGAGUAUAGUGGUUGCCGUGUUGCUGCUCCUGGCUCUCGGGCUGGUCUACUAUUUCACCAGAAUCUACCACAGACCAGCCGGUGAGGUGGGGGUAGGAGGGGGAGGGGUGGAAAGAAAGGGGGAGAGGAAGGAAGCGACCAGAAAGAGGAACACAGAUAAUAGUGCAACUGGUAAAUCAGGUUCAACCGGUAAAUCAGGUUCAACCAGUAAAUCCAAAAAACCGACAAAAGUAGGGGAGAAGGACAGUAAAAGAGGAGGUGCUAACAGUGGUGGAAAGAAGUCAUCUAGCGAGAAGAAGGCAAAAUCGGCAAACUCCAAGAGGAAACGUCGCGGAGUCCCCACCGUUGCCAUGGAGGACGUGCGACUACUCCGAAGACCCGUUGCCAUUGACGACGCCGACAGACCUUACAUCAUCGAGAUUCUGAAUGGAGACAAUCUUCUGCUGGAGGAGAGAUACAGCGAGGCCCUCGAGAAGUUCAACGAAGUUUUGAAGAUGUUCCUCAGAGUCCGCGAGGGUUGUUUGGCAAGGGGGAGACGUUGGCUGGACUGGCAGCUCAGAAAUCAGCAACAAGCUGCUAGAGACGGCAAUAGAGUUCUACCAGGACACGGCAAACUCUUUUCUUGCCACUGAAGACCUCAAGGUGGCAGCACUGGCUCGCCUGGCCGACGUCUGUCAGGAGAGAGGCAAGAUUGCAGCUGCCAUAUCGGCUCUUGAAAAACUCUACAAUCUCAGACACCAACGACUCUGUGGUAGCAAACAGACUAGGGGCCGCCUACGUCAGGACCGGCAAAUACAAAAAGGCCGAAUCUCACUUCAAAAAGACUCUUGAUUGAGGCUCCGGAGAACGCCUACGCCAAAGCACACCUGGGUUACCUGUUGUUUAAGGACAGGGAAUACGAGAAGGCUCUGCCGUUGCUGAUGGAGGGGUUGCGAAACGACCCCGGUAUCCAGAGGAACGCCAGGUUCUAUCUCUACGCUGGAGAGGCUCUGAGUCGACUCAACAGAACUGAUGAGCUAGAAAGAGCAUUGCUAGUGAGCGAACAAGAGCGAAAAUUUCAGCAUACAGUAGUAGGCCCAGUCCUCUACAGCGAGGCUGUGUCCCACGACCUCUUCCCCUCCCUCUACCAGCGGUCCAUAUUCAACCAACCCGACCUGAGAACUAAUCCAUGGUGGACGCUUCCCGACACUGGGUACCUCCCACAUCUCCAACCAAUCAUCGAUAACUUUGCCAACAUCACCAGUGAGGUCAUCCCGGCUCUACUGGGCGGGGCACAGACUCCGCCCCGGGUGUUCCGCUGUACUCACAGGGAAAGAAGAAUGCAGAAAAUUGCCGAAAAGCACGGGGAGACGAAAUUCCUCGUGGUUCCCCCAAAUUCCCAUGUUCCCCCACACACCGGGCAGACGAAUACUCGCCUGGUGGUGGUGAUGGGGUUAAAUCUUGGGGAGGGAGAGCUGGUGAUUCGCCUCGGAGAGGAGAAAAGGGUGUUGAAGGAGGGUGAAACACUGGUGUUUGACGACUCGUUUGAGCAGGAGCUCUGGUUCCAUUCCCCCCGUCCGGGACUGGUACUGAGUAUGGAUGUAUGGCAUCCAGACCUACCACCAGACACUCGCAAGAAACUCCACCCCCUUCAUUAGUCCAAUUUCACGUGUCUUUUCGAGAAAUUUUUAUUGAUGGAUUUUUGAGACUAAUAUAAAUCUUGGGCGCUGACGACUAUGAUCAUAAUACAUUCAGCAAAGGCAGAAAUGUAGCAGUGGUUCACAUUAAUGACAGUGGGUAAAGAUCAGUGAUGAUGAGUGUAUUAUAGGUCGGUGUGAAGUAUGGACAUAUGGAGAUCAGGUCUCUACAGAACGGCUGAUCCACAGCCAGCACGGAAUUCAUUCAUGUCAGCAAUCUGCGACCAUUUCUUAUCCUUUGCGUCGAAUCUCUCGACAGUUCGCAGUCUGUGCUGGCCAGUCGUAACCGCCAGUUACGUAGAUUUGACCUUGGAACACGCAGGCAGACGGCCACGCUCGCGAAUGGGUCAACUUGCUGAAGUUCUCCCAGGAGUUUGUAUCUGGAAAAUACCGCUCGACGAUGUCGUAGUAGGCCUGCCGGUGUCGGUCCCUCCCUCCGAUGGCAUAGAUGUGCUGGUUGUGCACCACGGCCGCCACGCCAGAACGAGGGUUCCUCAUGUUGGCGCACAGGUGCCAGCAGUUUUCGACCGGGUCGUAGCACUCCAUCGUGGAGUGGUGGAUGGCGCGAUCUUGACCGCCCACCACGUAGAUUUUCCCGUUCAUAGCACAGGCCCCGGCUCCCGAUCGAGCGAUGUGCAUGUCGGGCACCGCAGUCCAGAUUCCCGUCCGAGGGUCGUAGGCCUCGACUGAUUUGUAUGUGUGUGCGGUCGUUUCUCCGCCUAUGGCGUAUAAUUUCU